CCUGGUGUGGUGGCAGAUGCUCCUGUUGUGGUGCCAGAUGUCCAUGAUGCUCCUGAUGUGGUGGCAGAUGUUCCUGGUGUUGUGCUAGAUGUUCCUGGUGUGGUGCCAUAUGUUCCUAAUGUGGUGCCAGAUGUCAUUGAUGUUCCUUUUGUGGUGCCAGAUGUCCUUGAUGUUUUGGAUGUGGUGCCAGAUGUCCUUGAUGUUUCGGAUGUUGUGCCAGAUGUCCCUGAUGUUCUUGAUGUGGUGCCAGAUGUCCCUGAUGUUUCUGAUGUGGUGCCAGAUGUCAUUGAUGCUCCUGGUGCAGCGACAGAUGUCCUUGAUGUUUCUGAUGUGGUGCCAGAUGUCCCUGAUGUUCCUGGUGUGGUGGCAGAUGUCCAUGAUGUUACUUAAGAAGAAAUCGUCAUGACUUGUACACCUAUGAAGAAGGCCAUCAUGGACUUUGCUGUGUGAAUGUGAUAAUCCUGACUGUUAAGUGACAUUCAAGUAAUCGUCGUGGCUUAUACGCUGAUGAAGAAAGCUGUAUAAUGGACUAUGCUUUUUGAAUGUGAUAAUCCUGACUUUUUCGUGUUAGCGCAAUUUUGACGAAUACCAUUUGCCGAGGUGAUGCUUUGUGUGAUAUUUGUGAAUGCUAUGCUGUUAAAAGCUUACGAGUUGUACAAUAGGCACACAGGUUAUGAACAUGCGAGAUGCAUGUUGCUGAUGCUUGAAUGAACAUGCGAAUUGCAUGUUAUCUCAACUUAUCUGUGAAUGUAUUUUGUAAUAAAAGCCAUGACAG